UGAUACGUCAGAGCUGCAUGUGUAUGGCAUCAUGAUGCUAAAAAUUUGUAUGCUGAUCGGAUUUUGUCAAACAAAAUCGAAUCGAACGAUCAAGGACACAGCCGAUCGGGAGCAUACAUUUGCCAUCUCAGCAAAAGAAAAAACAACAAAGUUGAAAGACAAAAGAAUGAAAAUGAAGUCCAGUUCUGCGCGCUCUGGUUUGACACCUUGCCGACGAUACUCUAUCGUUGCUGCUUUGGCAUUGGUAUCACUCACACUCCCGGUUCAAUAUGGUCACGCAUUCGUUCCACCGUUACAAUCAGGCGUGAGUCGGGAAAGCAAUUUGUCACUGUGUCGGGACGCAACAAACGGUAUAAGCGAAGAUAAACUCAAAAAAAUUGUCGGUGAGAAUGAGGCCACUAUUGGAAACGAUCAUCCCACCCGCAACAGCAAUUUCGUGGCCGCUAUGGCGAGUCUGUCACUUGCGACAACCUUGUUUCUCGGUCCGCUAACCCCGGAACCAGCCCAUGCGAGUUCGUACGCCGCGUUCACACCGGAGCAAAAGCUGGUCACCGAGGCGUGGAGGACCGUUGAUUCGACGUAUGUCGAUCGAACCUUCAACGGUCAGGAUUGGUUCAAGAUGCGCCAGGAUCUUGUCAAGAAAAAGUAUAGGAGCAUGGACGAGGCACAGGACGCAGUUGCCAAAAUGAUGUCCACCCUUGGAGACAAGUACACCAAAUACCUGACUCCGGCAAAGUACCAAUCGCUUGUGGACACCGCAACGGGAACGCUGGCGGGAGUCGGUGUCGAAAUUGCCACCAACAAAGACGAAAUCCCGAUCGUAUCGGACGUCGAACCCAAUAGCCCCGCCCAGAAGGCCGGGCUCCUGCCAAAGGACGUCUUUGUAGAAGGCGGUGGAGCCAAAUUCGACAAGUCGUCCACGCCGGACGAUGUAGCUCUGCGACUGAGAGGGCCCGUGGGCAGCAAAGUCGGCAUCACGGUCCUGCGGGACGGAGCAACCAAAGACUUCAUCAUCGAGCGAGCGCCAAUCACGGUAACCAGCGUUCGAAGCUACAUAGCACAAUCCAAUAAAAACGUGGGCGUGAUUCGAAUCAAAUCCUUUUCGGGCACCACGAGUUCCACCGUGAAGGAAGCAGUCCAAGAGCUGAAGAAAAAAGGUGCCAAACAAAUUCUGAUUGAUCUGAGGAGCAACCCCGGAGGUCUAUUGCCCGGAGGAGUCGAAACGGCACAGCUGUUCCUCGAAUCCAACAAACAAAUCGUCUACGUUGUGAGCAACAAGGGUGUCAUUCUUGCCGAAUCUACGUUCGAGGAUGGCUUCGAUACGGAAACCAAGUUGACAAUUCUCGUUGAUCACAAUACAGCCUCGGCAGCCGAGGUCUUCACGGCUGCUAUGAAAGAAAAUGGAAGAGCAACCGUAAUUGGGGAACAGGUAAGCGAUAAGAGUUUUUCGUUGAUCAUAAUUUUCACUUGACUUUGUAAUGGUUGUAAAAUCGUGUAACAGUUUGUUAAACUUCAAUAGCAGGCACGUGUCGUUCUAAUUGACCUCUUGCUCCUUUCACUUACAUCAUGUGCUAUCAACAGACGUUUGGAAAGGGUAUCAUCCAAACGAUUCGCGAAUUAUCCGAUGGUAAUGGUGGACUUUCAGUAACGGUGGCACGGUACGAAACUCCCAAUCACAACAAUAUCAACAAGUCGGGAAUUGCUGUAGACAAAGCGGUGGAUGUUGAAUGCCCCAAAGACAACGCGCUAGCAUGCCUACCAUCGGGAUACUUUUAAGCUACAAAUAUAAACAUCAUAACAAA